AUGAAAGCGGCAUUGCUGGUAGUGGACAUGCAAGAGGACUUUUGUCCGCCGAACGGCUCCCUCGCCGUCAACGGCGCGCGCGCCCUCCACCCGAUCAUCAACUCCCUCCUCGCCCACCCCGGCUUCACCACCCGCGUCGCAUCCCUCGACUACCACCCACCGAACCACAUCUCCUUCGCAAGCAACCACCCCCCAGCCACGGCAGCCACCGGCUACAUCGACAUGGCCAACCCAGCCCCCGGCAAAGCCCACGAAACCAAGCCCCAGAAACUCUGGCCCGCCCACUGCAUCCAAGGCACCAAAGGCGCCGAGCUCAUCCCGGAGAUCAACACCAACAAGAUCGACCUGUACGUGCGAAAAGGCCUGCUCAGCACCGUGGAAAUGUACUCGGCGUUCGCGGACGCCUUCGGGAACCUCGACUCGGCGGUGAAUGGGCAGUCGGCGGACGCGGACGUGGCGGCUUAUUUGAGGGAGAGGGGCGUGACGCGCGUGUUCACGGUGGGCGUGGCGGGGGAGUUCUGCGUCAAGAAUACGGCGAUUGAUGCGGCGAAGGCGGGGUUUCGGAGCUAUUUGGUUGAGGAUGCGACGCGGUGCGUGGAUCCUGGGGAGGGUUGGGACGAGGCGCGGAGGGAGUUGAAGGCGGCGGGCGUGUCGAUUGUGAGGUCUGAUGGGCCGGAGGUUUCGUUUUUGACGCGUUGA